AUGUCGUACCCCAACCCAGAAGAUCGCAAGCGUGACGUUGACCGCAAAGAGGCUGUACCAAAGGUUCGCAGAGUGCGUACAGACAGGGAGGAUUCCGAAGAGGAGUUUCCCCCACCCAAGGAACAUAAUGGAGACGGCCCCUCCGUCAGGUUCACAAGCCGUGGACCACAGGACCCGCGUCUGGCCUCAUACCAAGACCCGUCAAAGCGAUCAAGCGGCUGGGCGGUGAAUCCUCCGACUCAACGUGGCACCAGUAGUCAGCAACCUCGUCAAGUCAAUCCUGCACACUAUUCAUCUGCACAGCCUGCUUCUGCGCAACGUCCCCCUGCACAAUACGCUCCCGCCCAACAUGCUCCUACCCAACGUCCUCCCGCCCAGUACGCUCCUGCUCAGCACGCUCCCCCCGCACAGUACGCUCCUGCUCAGCAUGCUCCCGCCCAACAUCCCCCUGCACAAUACGCUCCCGCCCAACAUGCUCCCGCCCAACGUCACCCCGCUCAGUUCCCUCCCGGCCAGUAUCCUCCCGGCCAGUAUCCUCCCGCCCAAUUCCCUCCCGGCCAGUAUCCUCCCGCUCAGUUCCCUCCCGGCCAGUACCCCCCCGCUCAGUUUCCUCCCGGCCAGUAUCCCCCCGCGAACCGCCCUCCUGCACACUACCCACACCAAGGGCGAAGGUCUUAGGUGAGGUACGGUCCGGGUUUUAGGCACCCAUCGUUCAUGCUGUGACUUGCUGUGAAUCGUAUAUGUCAGAUGUAACAUUAGCUCAUGCAUUUCAAAUAUCUCAAAUGUGUACAACAAAAGAAAGGUGAUACGCAUCAUGAUACGUUAGUUGGUAGUACUGGUAUUCAGAAAUUUCUUGUGUUCCUCAAUGAAAUUCAUUUCAUAUUGAUCUUCGAGAGCUCGAAGUUCUUCGGC